AUUUAAGAAACAUUCAUCAUGACUGAUGCAAAGUAUUUCACGACUACGAAAAAAGGAGAAAUAUUUGAGUUAAAAAGUGAACUGAAUAGUGACAAGAAAGAAAAGAAGAGAGAGGCUGUGAAGAAAGUUAUAGCAUCUAUGACUGUAGGAAAAGAUGUCAGUGCUUUAUUUCCCGAUGUUGUUAAUUGUAUGCAAACUGAUAAUCUGGAAUUGAAGAAACUUGUGUAUCUUUAUUUAAUGAAUUAUGCAAAAAGUCAACCAGAUAUGGCUAUAAUGGCUGUUAAUACAUUUGUGAAGGAUUGUGAAGAUCCAAAUCCAUUGAUCCGAGCUUUAGCAGUGAGAACAAUGGGAUGUAUUCGUGUUGAUAAAAUCACUGAAUAUCUUUGUGAACCACUCAGGAAAUGUUUGAAAGAUGAGGAUCCUUAUGUAAGAAAAACUGCUGCUGUAUGUGUUGCAAAGUUACAUGAUAUCAAUGCCCAGCUUGUAGAAGAUCAGGGAUUUUUGGAUCAGCUUAGAGACUUACUUUCUGAUUCAAAUCCAAUGGUAGUAGCUAAUGCUGUUGCUGCUUUAUCAGAAAUAAAUGAAACUUCAAGCAGUGGUCAGCCUUUGAUUGAUAUGAAUGCUCAAACAAUUAAUAAAUUAUUAACUGCUCUAAAUGAGUGUACAGAAUGGGGUCAAGUAUUCAUCUUAGAUUCUUUAUCUAAUUACACACCUAAAGAUGAAAGAGAAGCUCAAAGGUACAGAUAUGCAACUGAAGUAGAUGUAGAUUUUGUCAGGAAGGCUGUUAGAGCUAUUGGACGAUGUGCAAUUAAAGUUGAACAAUCAGCUGAACGUUGUGUUAGUACACUUCUUGAUCUGAUACAGACAAAAGUAAAUUAUGUUGUGCAAGAAGCAAUUGUUGUCAUCAAGGAUAUUUUUAGGAAAUAUCCAAACAAGUAUGAAAGUAUUAUUUCAACACUCUGUGAAAAUCUUGACACACUGGAUGAACCUGAAGCAAGAGCAUCAAUGAUCUGGAUAAUUGGUGAAUAUGCUGAAAGAAUUGAUAAUGCUGAUGAAUUAUUAGAAAGUUUCCUAGAAGGAUUUCAUGAUGAAAAUACUCAGGUUCAGUUACAGCUGUUAACAGCCAUAGUAAAAUUAUUUUUGAAAAGACCUACUGAAACUCAAGAAUUGGUUCAACAAGUUCUUAGUUUGGCUACCCAAGAUAGUGAUAAUCCAGAUUUGAGAGAUAGAGGUUUUAUCUACUGGAGGCUUUUAUCAACUGAUCCAGCUGCUGCAAAAGAAGUUGUUUUAGCUGAAAAGCCAUUGAUAUCAGAAGAAACUGAUUUACUGGAACCAACACUACUAGAUGAAUUAAUAUGUCACAUUGGUAGUCUUGCUUCAGUGUAUCAUAAACCACCAUCUGCAUUUGUUGAAGGAAGAGCUGGAAUUCGAAAAUCUCUACCUCCUAGGCAAAAUUCUGUUGGAUCUGUGGAAGAACUUUCAACUGGCAGUCCAGCUGCUGUUGCUGCAGCUACAACUGCAGCACCUGCAUCUGGAACAGAACAGUCAACUGUAAUUCCAAGUGCAGAUAAUCUCAUUGGUGAUCUAUUGAGUAUAGAUAUUGCGGCUCCUCCAACUCAUCAAAUAGCACAACCUUACAGCCAACCAGUUACAAACACAGCAGCAAUGGAUCUUCUUGGAGGAGGAUUAGAUAGUUUGCUUGGUGACACUGGAAUAGGUGUUCCUGGAACUGCUGCUGCUUCCAACACAACUACUGCACCACCAGUUCCUGCAGCUCCUGCUCCACCAACUAAUACAGCAGGCAUAUUAGGUGAUAUUUUUGGAAUUGGUAAUGUCAGCCCAUUUUUUACUCCACCAAAACAGGUUUGGCUUCCUGCUGCAAGAGGAAAAGGUCUUGAAAUUACUGGUACUUUUUCACGGCAUAAUGGGCAAAUUACUAUGGAAAUGACUGUAAACAAUAAAGCAAUGCAAGCUAUGAGUUCAUUUGCUAUACAGUUUAACAAAAAUAGUUUUGGAUUUGCACCUGCUCAACCACUUCAAGUACCUUCUCCACUUCAGCCAAAUUCUAGUGUUGAAACUUCGUUACCAAUCAACACAAUGGGACCAAUACAAAAAAUGGAUCCAUUAACUAAUUUACAGGUUGCUGUGAAGAACAAUGUUGAUGUAUUCUAUUUUAGCUGCUUGAUACCAAUGCAUGUAGUUUGUACAGAGGAUGGUCUGAUGGAUAAGAGAGUAUUUUUAGCAACAUGGAAAGAUAUACCUGCACAAAAUGAAGUUCAGUAUAAUAUAGAAAAUAUUCCUCUUUCUGCUGAUCAAAUCUCCCAGAAAUUACAAAACAAUAAUAUCUUCACAAUUGCUAAAAGAAAUGUCGAAGGUCAAGAUAUGUUGUAUCAAUCAUUGAAACUAACAAAUGGUAUUUGGGUAUUAGCUGAAUUAAAGAUUCAGCCUGGCAACCCUAAUUUUACACUUUCACUGAAAUCUCGAGCAAUGGACGUAUGCGCCGGUAUCCACCAAUCUUACGAAAUGCUGCUGCGAAGUUAAAAAAUAGCACUGUGAUUUUUUUCAAAUGUAUCGUAUCAACUACUGUAUAUUGUGAUUAUUGUCAAAGCAACUUCUAAUAAAGAAAUUAGGAUUAAAGACAUACAUAUAGAAAUUAUCUGAGUGCUACUUUGUAUUAUGUAUUUUGUUGUUGUCAUUAACAUUCCAUAUAAAAUAUUGGGAACAACGUUAUUAAACUCUGUUGACUUUGCAUCAGACAUAGUAAAUGAAAUUAUAUAAAUGAAGUUCUUGUUAACAUUGUCCAAAAAAAUAAAUCCUAUUUAUAAAUAGA